AUGAAGGCCUUGAAGAAGGUCAAGAAGAGCCUACAUGCGAUACUCCCGCCAAACAACCUGAAAGCUACGGCUCGUGUGGUGCCCGGGCCGGAGCUUACAGUGUCUAUGCUGCAUGCCGCUGUGCAAGACGAUGUCCACGACACCAAAAUGCUCAGUCGAUGCGGCAGAGACCAGUCUCAGGCGCCAAUCCACGUGCUCCCCGCGGAAGUCCUGGCCGACAUCUUCAUGGAGGUGUGCGUGAAAGCAGUUCAGCCGCUGGAGUAUUCGUUCUUCGAAUGCAGCGAGGUCUGUGUUCACUGGCGCCAAAUCGCGCUCGGAAUGCCACUACUCUGGUCUAAAGUCAACUUUUGCUCGCCGACAUGGGUGCAGACUUGCCUGCGCCGCUCGAAAUCCAGCCCGCUGAUUGUGGAAUGUCAUUUGAGCCAUUUCAUCAUUUCUCGGCGACAAAUGACCAUUCACCAACGAAUCGCCGCCGUGUUGGAGUUUGCACCAGAGCGCAUAAAGGAGGUCUUUCUUUAUGGGCACUUUCCUCACGAAUCCUUAACCCGAGCGCUCCGCGGCAGGUUCCCCGUCCUAGCGAAGAUGUCGAUAACGCAAAUAAUCAAUGAAGCCUACUCAACGCCGACGGGAAGCGAAAGAGAACCGCUGUACCCCAGUCUCCAGUUUUUGGAGCUUGACUCUCCACUGUCUCUUCUCUAUCACACUGGCCCGAGACUACGCAAUUUGAUCCUCGACUGCUACCUCGAGAACGCGCUUUUCUACGCUCUGUCAGCCACCACCCAGCUCGAGACUCUCAUCAUUAGCAGACUGUCAAAUCCCUACUCGCAGGAUGAGCUUCUACUAGUAGCGCAGCCCAUAAUCCUCCCCCAUCUCCGCUACCUUGCGAUCCGUGCUAGCCACCCUGCCGUGAAUCCCGUCGCGGCCGAGCUCCUUCCCUUGCUUACCCUCCCCAAGCUCGUUCGCUGCAGCAUCGAGUACUGGGAUCCUCCUGACUCAAUCGGUAGCCGCCUUGAUAUUGUCCUCAGGUCACACUUCUCCGCUCCAGCGGCUGGAACACACCUCCGCUUCCACGGUGAACGGUUUGCCUCUGGUCCGGGCCUCGGUGGCAAAAACGUCGAUAUCAGCUUCCGUUUCCCUUCCCAGGAUACCGACAAUUCACUGAAUGAUCGCGAGGUAAUCUUCGCCUGGCAUGCUAGUGAAUAUCCCCUGGCACUGACAGCCUUUUCAUCGAUUCUCCCAUCUCAUCAUGGGGACGACAACAUCGCAAACGGCAACUCGAAAAGGACACUAAAUCGGGUCUGGCGCUCAGUUGGGACGAUGUACUUGGACAGCUGGACCCCAUCAUCCGAGGGAGAAACUCGUGUUUGGAUGAAUAUACUCUCGUCGUUGCCCGCACUCCAUAGCAUCAAGCUCAGACGGCAAACACAGGAAGGAGUCGACAGAUGGAGAGAGCUCGUAACAAGUAUUCCGGGUGGCGACGGUGUUGCUCUGGACACGACGACAUCAGAGGCCGCAACAGAAUGGGAGGGUUUCAAGGAAAUUUCAGGUAUGAAAGCAAUGUGGUGA